AUGGCAACCGGAAGUAGGGAGAGCAAGGUCGCUGGGUCCACGCCAAGGUGGAGAACGGGGAGGAGAAAGCGGAGGAGCUUCAGGCUGCUGUCAGAGCAUGGCGAGGCAGAGGAGUCGACUGAGGAAGGCCCCUAUGGUUGGGCCAUCGGUGGCGCGGCAGCCGCCAGGUGGCGGGCGGGCGUGACUGCGUACCACGCUUGGGCCACACGGCGUUCUGCGACACUACAGCAGCAGGUUCACGCCUGCUCGUUCAGCAGAGGUGGUGCGCAGCCUCAACGCUUCCAGGUCCCUCAGUUGCAGGCAGCCACGUCUGAGGCCAUGCGGCCCUAUGUCUCCAAGACGCCGAUAUUCUCCCCCCAACCAUUCAAGGUGCAUAAGCAAGGACAACCGGAUGCUGGAUUCCCUCUUUUGGAUUCUGAGUUCUUGCAAUGGCCUAGGUUUGUAGAGUUUGAUGAUGUCAAUGGGAAGGUUUUGAUUUACUCUGCUCAAGACAGCACUUACAAGGUGUUUGAUUUGAAACACUACAUGUUACUGUCCUUGGUGUCUGAUAAGAAUGCUCAGGAAAUAAGAUCAGAUACUCUUGAUGCUUCUUUCCACUUUGAUGUGCGCAGUUUGGUAAGCAAGAUCACUGAAUUGGGAAGCACUGAAUUGGGAAGCAAGACUGAUGGUGAUUCUGUAUGUGCAAGACUGAUGUUGCGAGAGCAGUUUGGUCUACUCUUAAGAGGUCAAGAUCACUGA